UCGGCGAUAGGAGAGAUAGUCGAUACUCCGAAUCUCGCACGUGCGUUCUCCUACAUCCCCCUGACGUGGGCUGUUGGCACGACAUUUGCGCCUCUGAUGGGAGGUUAUCUAUCUCGUCCAGCAGAACAGUUCCCAAACCUGUUCACCUCCUCUUUCUGGAUCAAGUAUCCAUAUUUCUUGCCCUGCGCCGUUGCAGCUUGCUUUUCCCUCUUUUGCGCAAUCAUGACCCUCAUAUUCCUCCAAGAGACCCACCCGACUCUGGGUAAGCCCAAUAGAGAUCUUUACGAGAAGGUCGAGACAGGAAGCAGGACAUCGCUCGACAAGGAACAAGAAGAGUCGCUCCUCCCAGCUGAAUCAACCGAAAAGCCAACCAAACUAAAUGCCCCGAUUCCUCUUCGCACUCUUCUAACCAGAAAGAUCAUCCUUUCUGUGAUCAACUAUCACAUCCUCGCAAUUCUCGAGAUAUCCCUGAUAUCGGUCAUGCCCGUGUUCUUCGCCAGCUGCCUGCAUAUGGAGCCGUCGUCGAUCGGACUUAUCAUGGGCGUCAUGGGAUUCGUCAAUGGAAUAAUCCAAAUAACUUGCUUUGUACCGUUACACCGUCGACUCGGGACACGCAACAUCUUCACCUUGGGUCUCGCCUCCUUCCUUUUGAUCUGGUGCUGCUUCCCUCUGAUCAACCAAGUUUAUGCCCAGGAUGAAGGCGUAUUCGGUUUCAAAAUUUCUGCAAUUAUAACGAUCCUCAUUCUUCUUUCUACGAUUGAGCAAAUGUCGUUCAAUGUCAUCUUUCUCUAUGUAAAGGCUGCUGCACCAUCACCAUCAGCACUUGGUGCUACCAACGGUAUAGCGCAGACCGUUGCUUCUAUUGCUCGAGCAAUAGGUCCGGCUGGCUCUACCUCCCUCUUUGCCGCCUCGAUGCAACACCCGAACAUUCUCGGUGGGAACAUGGUCUAUUGGGUUCUGGCUGGAAUCACAGUGGCUGGCAUCGGCAUGUCGCUCAAGUUACCAUCUGAGCCUUGGGAGGAACCAGAGGAGAACGAGUUACAGCUUCGUAACGAGGAGCGUGGCGUCGACGAAUAG